AUGGUUAACCUUUGGAAAAGAGAAUCAUCCGUGCGAGACACCAAUUACUGUGAUCUUUUUUCACACUUGGGCAAUGGGCAAUACGAACACCUAUCACGGGAGUUGCAACAAGGCAAGACUGAGAAAAGCACCGAUGUUUCAAUUGCAUAUCGAUUGCAAGGCAAUGAUUUAUUCCGCGAAAAUAAAAUCGCUCAAGCCAUGGAACUGUACAACAAGAGUUUGUGCUUUGCUGAAAUCGGCACAGAAAAUGUGAGUCUGGUGUACGCGAAUCGAUCGUCAUGUUUCCUGGCUUUGAAAAUGUACGAAGAGGCUUUGAUUGACAUUGAAUUGGCCGUGAAAGCAAAGUACCCGGAUCGAUUGAUGGCCAAAUUGAUGAGACGUCAGGCCACUUGCCUUCGAUUGAUGGAAGCCGAACCGCAACGAAAACGAUUCCAACCGAAACUGAGCUUCCAAUCGCACGACCGAUACCCAUGUUUGGCAAACUCACUUGAAAUGAAGUGCAAUCAAAAAUUCGGUCGUCACAUUGUCGCAACGCGAGACAUUGAGGUCGACAAAAUGAUCCUUGUGGAACGAAAUUUUGCAUCGGUUUCAAUUGAUGAUGAGCGGAUGUCUUGUGCAAAGUGCAUGAAAACCAAAGCCAAUUUCAUCGCUUGUUCAAUGUGUACAGACGCAAUGUACUGCUGCAUCGAUUGCAUGCAACGAGAUGCCACGCACAAAAUGACGUGCGGACAAUUCAACGGUGUUGAUGGUUCUAUGAAGUUAUACAUUCAAACGGUGUUCAUAGCCAUUAGUCUCUUCAAAAACGUCGACAAUUUGAUGGAAUUCGUUGAAGAGGCUCUCAAGAGCAAUGGCAUACAAGAAUCUAUGAUGGAUGCAAAGUCACAGUAUCGAUUGUUUUUGUCGAUUCAGCCGUCAAUCAACGAGCAUGACAAAGAUGACCUUAUGUUUGAUGCCCAGAAAAUAUACAUCAUAUUACAAUCCACACCCACAAUCAAAAUACUCUUCGGCUCGGUCGCAAAACAACGUUUCCUGCAGCAUUUGGUGCUGCAUCAUUUACUUGUCACUGUACGAAAUCGAUUUCAAGUCAGCGCCGACGGAGAUCAUCUGAAAACCACAGAAAUCGCAUCGAUAACUUGUAUUUUCAACCAUUCAUGUUAUCCAAAUGCAUUCAAUCAUGUCAUUGACAAUCAAUCCGUGCUCAUCACCAUUCGACCAGUCGAAAAAGGCGAACAAUUGUUCAUUUCGUACUUGGGAGAAGAAACUGAAAAGUCAACCGAUUUUCGCCGAAUGUCUCUUAUGAACGAUUUUGGUUUCUUUUGUGAGUGUGACAAAUGCGUACCCCGCUGUUCACGGUCUGAUCGAGUUGCAAUGGAGAUGGACUCAUAUUUCAAGUACAUCAAGCAAAACUACAAAAUCGCCUUUGAUGAGAAAGUACGACGAAUCGCAUUGAAGGAGGUGUGCAUUCGGUUUCUCAACAAGUACGGCCACUUGCCGUGGUCAGACGAAUUGAAUUUGGUUACAUUCUGCUAUGUCAAGUGGUUUUUCGAGUAUUCAACCGUUGAUUAUUAA